AGUUGAAAACAGUGAUCGAAAAAAAUGAAAACUCAACAAAUACUGAGAUAGGGAGGUAGUAAAUGGGUACCAAAAAUAAACAAAUAAAAUUGGAGUAUAUAAAUACAUGUAAGGUAAACAAACACCAGUGCUCGAAUUUAAGUAUCAAGAUCUACCAAUCCUUGAGAAAUGGAAGGUAUCAAACACAGCAUAGUAAAGGUAAACGGAAUCAACAUGCACGUCGCCGAGAAGGGGCAAGGCGGCGGCGGCGGCCAGGUGGUCCUCUUCUUGCACGGCUUCCCGGAGCUGUGGUACUCAUGGCGCCACCAGCUCCACCACUUUGCCGCCCUCGGGUACCGCGCCGUGGCGCCGGACCUCCGCGGCUUCGGCGACACGGACACCCCGGACGACGUCUCCGCCUACACUUGCCUCCACGUCGUGGGCGACCUGGUGGAGCUUGUCCGCUCCCUGGGAGCGGACAAGGUUCUGCUGGUGGGCCACGACUGGGGCGCCAUCAUCGGGUGGUAUUUCUGCCUGUUCCGGCCGGACGUGGUGGCAGCGUUCGUGUGUAUCUCCGUGCCGUUCCGGCAGCGGCACCCGGCGGUGAAGCCGGUGGAAGGGAUGAAGGCACUGUUCGGAGAGGACUACUACGUGUGCAGAUUCCAGGAACCGGGAGAGAUUGAAUCUGAAAUCGCGAGACACGGGAGUGAAAAGGUGAUGAGGAAAAUAUUCACGGACCGGAGCCCGGGCCCGGCUUGCCUGCCAAAGGAAAACCCAUUCCAAAUAUCCACGGAUGAACCAGAGUUGCCCUCUUGGUUAUCCGAACAGGACCUCCGCUACUUUGCUUCCAAGUACGGCGACGCCAAGGGCUUCACCGGCGGCCUCAACUAUUAUCGCGCUUUCAAUCUGAACUGGGAGCUAACAGCAGCAUGGACAGGGGCACAAGUGAGAGUGCCAGUGAAGUUCAUGGUUGGGAGUGUUGACCUGGUGUAUACCACACCUGGGGUCAAGGAAUAUGUACACAAUGGGCUCAAGAGGGAUGUGCCAUUGCUCCAAGAGGUUGUUGUGAUUCAUGGAGCUGCCCAUUUCCUCAACCAAGAAAGGCCUCAUGAGGUCAACCACCACAUCCAUGACUUCUUCAAGAACUUCUAGCACUCUACAACAAGAAGAAAAACCCCAUGCUACUCCUCUAUAAUAAUUAGGGAGCGGUUCGGGUGACAUCCGUUCGAAAAAUUGAUGGUUUCUACCCCCCAAUCCCCGGCCCGGCCUGAACAUACCUCCGCACCCCCGUCAAUUGCAUGCCCCAAAGUCAACUAAAUCUUGUGGCAUGCAAUUGGCUGGGUUGGGGGGAAUGUUUGUGUCGGGCCGGGGAUGGGGGUUUAUUGGGAGGGUUAGGGGGUGAGAACCAUCAAUUUAUUGAUCGGAGCAUCGUAUCAACCUCGGAUCAUUCCAUAACAUUGAAUAUCAAUGCCAGGAGAACUAAGGUGUAAUAAAUAAGUAUGUUGAUGAUAUAAACGAGCAAAACGAAAUCACUUCGACCAGGUGGCAACGCCUUGAGAGUGUGUCAUCAACAUGCUCAUUGUGAAUAACUGCAUUUUGUUUUC